GCCGUUGUGGCCGUUGUGCCAAGCGUCCUGGAAUGCGAUGCUGUGAUGCAGCCAGGGAGCGAUCAUUAUGCAGCACCCCUGAGGAGAAGCCCCCAGCAUCCCUCAUCCUGGCUGCUGAGGAUUUCCAUCGCAUCAAAGCAGCAGCUCAAGUCCUGACCGAGGAGGAGCGUGAGGCCAAGCAAGCAGCCCUCAAAGCAGCGAAGGAGGCCGCUCUCGAGGCAUCGAAGCAGCGCAAGGCAGCGGCAGAGCAGGAGCAGAGGGGGAAGCAGGAGGAGGUGGAGGAGGAGGCGCAGGAGCAGGCCCAGCACGUGCUGCAGCGGGCAAGCAGGAUGCGAAUGGAGCAGGAGGAUGAGAUCAAGGAGUUCAGUGAGCUGAUCCUCGGUGCCAAGUGCCAGAUGGUCCGCAAGGCACAGAUCCUAGAGAAACAGAUCAUUGCCAAAGAGCUGGACGAGGAGGAGAAGCGCCUCGACAGAAUGAUGGAGGUGGAGAGGAAAAAGGCGGAGGAGAUGCAGGAGGAGCUGGAGCGCAGGAGGAAGCAGGAGCGGCUCAGAGGGAGACAGGGGCUGCUGAGGCAGAUAGAGAAGAACGCAGAGGAGCGGGCUCUGAAGGCCGAGCAGAAGGAGCAGGAGGCACAGGAGAUGCUGCAGCGCCUGGAGCAGCUGAAGCAGGAGGAUCUGAAGGACAUGGAACGGAGGCAGCAGGAGCAAAGGCAGAUGCAAGCUGAGAUUGAACGGAUCAACACUGAGAACCAGAAGCUCAAGGCAGAGCAGCGGGAGCUGGAGCGGCUGGAGGAUGAGCGGGUGCUCAAGUACCAGAGGCAGAAGCUGGAGCGUGAGGCUAAGCUGGAAGCUGAGCAGAAGCGAAUCCACAUGGAGAAGGAGAAGGAGCUGGUGCAGCUCAGAGCCAUGCAGGAGAAGGCCCGGGACCGCCAGGCAGAGCAAGACGCUCUGAGAGCCAAGCGCAGCCAGGAGGCUGCGGAGCGCACGUGGCGGCGCAAGGAGACGGAGCUGGCGCAGCUGAAGGCGGAGGCCGAGGCGCGGCUCAGGCAGAGCCGCCAGGAGCAGAUGGAGCAGCGGGAGCGCGCUCUGGCCGUGCAGGCGCAGCAGGACCGGAACGACUUCCAAAGGAUGCUCCGGGUGCAGAGGGAGCAGAUGGAGAAGGAGAAGGCUGAAGAGGAGCGGAGGGCAGCGGAGCGCCAGGCUCACGCCAGGGCCGUGCGGCACCAGGUCGAGGAGCGGCAGCAGGAGCUGGUGCAGGAGCGAGCGGCUGCCUUGAAGGAGUUCAAGCGCGUGCAGGAGGAGGCCCAGCGCCACCGCCAGCGCAUCGCCCGCUUCAAGCAGCAGAAGCUGCAGGAGCUCAGAGACUCUGGUGUGCCCGAGAAGUUCUGUGCCCAGGUUCAGCUGAGGGACCAGCAACGAUCAAUCGUAGCCUCAGGCCAGACCCGGCGUGGUGUGGGACCAGGCUUCACCAGGAGGCUGGUGCUUGCUUAGGCUGUUUUCUCUCAAUAGAGAUGUUU